CGGAAAUUCCCAUACCACUUGAAAUAAACUAGUUGACUUGUUGAAGUAAAGAUUUCAAGUUGUAGAACUAACUUUUUUGUUGUUAGUUGUCAUUUACCCCACAUUGUCAGUUUCGGUAAUACAUUAUGUAAGUCUUAACGAUUGAAAAUAUAAUUAAAUAAUAGUUGAAGUAAAAAAAAUAUGUAGGCCUAAUAAAAAGAUAAUAAGUUAGAAAGCUACCCCCCCCCCUCCCGCCUCCUUACUUAAAUACGUCUGUGUUUUUUGUUUUUAAACGAAAAGAGUAGGAUGUGUUAAGAAUAAAAAAAUAAAAUGAGUAAAACAGAGUAUUUGUACUAACCUGAUUGCAGUCUCUCCCCUUAUUACCCUUUAAUAAUAAAAAAUUGGCAAAUUUUAUUUAUUAUUAUAGUUACUAAUGAUAAUAAUGCCAAUGCGAAAUGCUGUACUAGACUAGGAGGAAACGUUGUAUUGUGAAAAUGAAAAUGAAAGUAAAGGCUUUCCCAUGCCCAUUGCUAAUUAAAUUAAUUUUUUUUUUCAAAAUUGUUUAAAUUAAUAUUUAUAUAUAAUAAUGAUAAAAUAGUAAUUUAAUAAUAUACGAUUAUACGAGAAUACCAGUGGUAUGACUUCGAUAUGAUUCGGGAAUUGCCGAAAACCGGGUAUUCAUGAUUUCGUUAUCAAAAUGGCGACCUCCACUUUUUGAUUUACCGAGGGUAGUGUUGUAGCAGAUUUUUUUUGCUAAAGUUAGUUUUGUUAUUAAAUUCUAUUUCCGCCAUCAACUUAAAGCAGACAUGUUUGUUGUUCAUUUACCGACACUUUUCUUUAAGAAAAAAUUUGAUGGUUUGACUUUGAAAAUUAAUGGUAAAUUAAAUAAUAGCUAAUUUGACUCAUUCAUAAUUUUUUUUGGGGAAAAUAUAAGUUUAAGAAAAUACCAAUGUUAGAUGUAGGCAUUAAUGAAAACAUAUAUAAAAUUCUUGAGGUUAGGACCCCGCCAUGGGUGAGAAAUUUUUGUGCAAAAUUUUUGUCACAUGUGUCUCAAAAUUACCUAAAAUCGAUAAUGAACUUUUUGUAGUAAGUAACUUGGUUUACAGUGGAAAUCCAGCAUAUUACUAUUACCCACUAAUAACUAAUUUUGAAACAAAGCAACAAUUUAAUAACACAAAUACUUAUUUGUAAUAUUAUCUGAUGCUUUUAUUUUGAGGUAUAAUAAUUGGGGGAGUGGGAUAAAUAACCCUAGACAGCCUAGGGCCUAGUCUUAGUAUUAUUACACUGAUAGUAGGCCUAUAUAUAUAUUAAACCAUUCUAUUGGAUCUAUACAGCUCUAGUAUUUUUAUAUUUUUAAAAAUGUUUUGAAAUUUUAAUCAAAAUAUUAUUAACUAUUAACUAUACUAUAUGUGAUUUCGAUAUUGUCAUUCGAAAUUGGCCUACUAAGUUUAAGCCUCAAUUAAAAAAAAUAAUAUAAUUACUUUAAAAAAAUUAAUAGUAAAAUUAAUAGGCUUCUUCAACCUAAUUUCUAAUUAGUAUAUCAAUUCUCACUAUUCACUAUCAUAACUAGGCCGAUACUCUUUUAAAGAAUAUUAAUAGAUUUUUCAUCAUUUAUGAAAUGAUUUUUAUUUUAAUUUUAGUUUAACCUAUGGUCCUAUACUGUCCUAAGUGUCCAAUACUAUAAUUUUUCUAGGGGAUUAGGAUUAUCUAUAACGAAUUAAUGAAUUAAUAGUCAUGAGAAUGUUUGCCGUGGCAGAAAAGGUUAUGCAAAGGGAUGAAAAAGUAUAUAUAUACUAUACACAUUUUUUUGUGUGUGUAUUGUAUCUCAUUUAUUUAUGAAACCAAAGUGUACCAUUUUCAGGCUUUCCCCAGGGAGUAGAUGUUCCUUCGCUCAAUCCAAAGCUACGAGUAUUGUUCCCACGGACGAUUCCGCUCAAUAGACCUACUUCAGCAUCUCACUGUUACUACUAGAUAAUGACAAUAGUGAAAUUUACUAUCAAGAUACAGAUUCUUAGAUAUGGCAUCAUAUUGCCUAGUAACUAGAAAUAUAUUGCUUGUUCAUAUUAUUGUAAAUUGUAUGUGUGUUUUUUUAUAUUUGAAAUAUUGAAAAUUUCACUUUUUUUUAUCACUUAGAUUUGGAAAAUAUAGGCACUAUGCAGGCUCACAUCUACUAGGAAGAAAGGAAUUUUAUUACAAUCUGCUAAAUGGCUUGCAGGUAUUUUUUUUUUUGCAUUGUGUUAACAUUGUUAACAUACUGUGUUGCAAAGCUUGAGAUAACCUGAUUUGUGUUGUGUCAAGGAUACAUACACAAAAAGAGUCAUUCAAUCAAAUAACAACCUUAAAUUUAUAAGUUUAAAUGCUCUUCACAGUGGAAUAAAUAUAUAAUAAUCGUUUAGUAUAUAUUAGAGUUGUUCAAUGGUGGUCUCACUAGGGUUAAUGUCUGCCACUGUGGCAAACUCAUGGUAUCACUCUCUACAGAAUAUACCCUUGGACCUUUUCAGAGUCUGGCUGGUCAAGUGAUAACCUGCUCUGGGGGCAACCAUCUCUUGGGGCAACCUUCUCUAAGACUUCUCUUGCAAUUAACUUUAACUAUGUGGGUGUUUACUUCCUUGACACAACACAAAUCAGGUUAUCUCAAGCUGUGUAACUUAUGAAGCUGUUCGAGCAAACUCAGUUUAUUUUCCAUUUUUCAGUUUUAGUGUCACAAACACCAUGGAAGAUGAACCAGACGCUUUAGUGGUUCAACAAGUUCUUUGGACACACCCUAGUGAUGCUACUUUUCUUUAAAAAAUCAUAUAGGCAUACAUUUAGUAAAUAAUUUGUUAGUUUUAAUCUGAGUACUACUAAUUAUAUAUUGUUUUGGUUUUCUUUAAUUUGUUGUGAAUCUUCAUUAAAUUAAUCAGACAUUAUCACUGUUUUUUUCUUUCCUUUUCUGCAGUAUAUCUGCUGGUUUCUUGGAAACCAAUGACCAAAUGUGUUACAAGUUUUCACACAGUCGACGUGGCAUAGCGGUAAUAAUUGUGAACAACCGUACAGGAAAUGAGAACAUUAGACAAGGCAGUGAGAAAGACACAACAUUCUUACAGCAAAUAUUUAACCAUUAUGGGUUUGAAAUUCGUACAUUUUGUAAUAUGAAAAGCAAAGAGUUACUCAGUGGACUUCUAAGAAGUAUGUAAUUUUUAAAAAAAAUUCUUAAAACAAAAAAUUAUUAUGAGAAGUCUCAACUGUUGAUUUUAAUUAAUUGUAAGAAUUUUUCUAUGAUGAAAAUAUAAACGUUAUUGACCCAUAAAAAAUAGCUAAUACGUGGUGAAAGUAUGGAUGUAAAAAUAUUAAUUGACAGUUGACAUCACAUAAGCUUUGCUUUCCUUUUCGUUCCCAUAAAACUAAUUCUGAUGCAUUAAGUUUUGCACUCUUUUGAACUUUUUGGAACUUUUUUAGCACUCUUUAGAACCUAUUUACAUCUGUAACUUCUGUAAAAAAUUUUUUUAAAAUAUCUCAAAAGUUUCCAGAGAAGAUCACUCUGAAAAUGACUGUUUUGCUAUGGCCAUCUCAACUCACGGAAUGGAGUCUUACGGUUGCGGUACAAAUGGGACAAGAGAAGAUGUCAUAGAAACUCAAGAUGAAUUGAUCCCAGUCAGAUUUCUCCUCAAGUUAUUUACUGAUGAUAAGUGUCCGAGCCUACAAGGAAAACCACGAUUAGUUUUUAUACAGGUUUGUCGCACAAAAAAGUGUGUUUUAUGUCACAAACAAAGUAUGUCUCCUGUCACAAAAAAAUUAUGUCUUCUGUCACAAAAUAUGUCUUCUAUAAUGCAACAAUUUGUGCGGGACAAAAAAAAAUUAAAACCACCCGUGUUAAAUGAAGCCCACAAUUUUAAAUUAAGACCAUUUUUGGUAAACUUAACAUGUGGCUUAAAAUAUUUUGUUUCUCACUUAAGACAUUGCUAAAAGUGCUUUUUAUGACAUUACUAAAAGUGAUUUUUAUGACAUUACUAAAAGUGAUUUUUAUGAGAUUGCUAUAGGUGCUUUUAUGACAUGGAUAAAAGUGCUAUAAUGACAGGGCUAAAGUGCUUUUUAUGACAUUACUAAAAGUGAUUUUUAUGAGAUUGCUAUAGGUGCUUUUAUGACAUGGAUAAAAGUGCUAUAAUGACAGGGCUAAAGUGCUUUUUAUGACAUUACUAAAAGUUCUUUUUAUGACUUUGCUAAAAAUGCUUUUAUGACAUUGCUAAAGUGCCUUGUAUGACAUUACUAAAACUGCUUUUUAUAUGUUUCUCCAUAAAAAGUAAUUUCAUUUUUGUUCAAGAAUGCUAGGCUUUUCCUUUUCGUCCCCUUUAAACUUAAAAGAUUCAUUUCAAAUUAAUUGUUAUUAAUUGGUUUAAAGACGGUCCACAAUAAUGUUAAUAAAUCUGAGAAGCACCAUUUUAAUAUUCUAUCAAUUUUGGCUGCCUACCGACUUAUAAUUAUAUAAUUUAUAUAUAUUUUUUUACCUUUUCAAACAUUCUAUGAUGAGCCACACUCAAAUGCACUUUUUCUAUUAUGCAUUUGAAAUUAUUUUUGAAAUAGUUCAAGUACAAAUAUUUCAUUAUCUUUAACUUAGAUUUUUUCGUAAUUUAAAAUUAUAGUUGAAAGUUUAGCCCCCAUUUACUUUUAAAAUAGUUCAUCUUUGCUCCCACCCCUUAUGUUCAUUGUAGUUAUAGCCAUCUUUGCUCCCACCCCUUAUGUUCAUUGUAGUUACAGACCUGUUUACUCUUACGAUUUUGGCGUACAAUGUACGAUUUUGAGGUGUAUACAUUAUAUUAAAUAUACAUCACGUUUUUGCUCUAUAAAGAGAAUGUAUUGAACGAUUAUAUGAUAUUGUACGAUUUUAAGGGUUUGAGGGUAAACAAGUCUGUAGUUAGAGCCAUCUUUGCUCCCACCCCUUAUGUUCGAUGAAGUUAUAGCCAUCUUUGCUCCCACCCCUUAUGUUCAUUGUAGUUAUAGCCAUCUUUGCUCCCACGCCUUAUGUUCAUUGUAGUUAUAGCCAUCUUUGCUCCCACCCCUUAUGUUCAUUGUAGUUAUAGCCAUCUUUGCUCCCACCCCUUAUGUUCAUUGUAGUUAUAGCCAUCUUUGGUCCCACCCCUUAUGUUCAUUGUAGUUAUAGCCAUCUUUGGUCCCACCCCUUAUGUUCAUUUUAGUUAUAGCCAUCUUUGCUCCCACCCCUUAUGUUCAUUGUAGUUAUAGCCAUCUUUGCGGUCACCCCUUAUGUUCAUUUUAGUUAUAGCCAUCUUUGCUCCCACCCCUUAUGUUUAUUGUAGUUAUAGCCAUCUUUGCUCCCACCCCUUAUGUUCAUUGUAGUUAUAGCCAUCUUUGCUCCCACGCCUUAAGUUCAUUGUAGUUAUAGCCAUCUUUGCUCCCACGCCUUAUGUUCAUUGUAGUUAUAGCCAUCUUUGCUCCCACCCCUUAUGUUCAUUGUAGUUAUAGCCAUCUUUGCUCCCACCCCUUAUGUUCAUUGUAGUUAUAGCCAUCUUUGCUCCCACCCCUUAUGUUCAUUGUAGUUUUAAGCUGUAACAUCUGUGGGUUUUUUUGAUGCAAAAAAAAAGUACUGUUGUAAUUAGUGUGGGGAAUUAGUUCUCAAAUACUCUUUGGAGGCUUCCUUUCAUCACACACGCGUUCUUCACCUCCACUAUGAAAAAUAUCAAGUCGCGUUGUUACACAACGCUCAUUAUUGUCUUACUCACAGUCAAGACAUCAAACAAUAUGAUAUCCAAUGCUGGCUGCUUCAAUAUAUGCUUGAAUGAUUGUUUUAAGUCUGCUAUCCUUCUUUAUUCACUAUCUUUCAACAAUCGUGGUUGCACCAUGCUUCUUCUCUACUCUAGUUCUAAGUCUCGUCUUCCUCGAGAUUCUGAAAAUAUCCUUCAAUUACUGAGACGUUUCUAUAGCCAUCUUUGCACCCACCCAUUAUGUUCAUUGUAGUUAUAGUCAUCCAUUCACCCACCCGCAGAGAGAAUCAGAACCACUUUGAAUUCUGAUGAUUAAAUGGUCUUGAUCGAUUUCGACUGAGGAACUAACAUAACCAGUAUUAAUAACUUUAAUUGCUCUUAUAUAUGUCACCGUCCAGGCAUGUCGUGGUCAAGAACUGGACAAUGGGUUAACAAUAACUUGUACAUCACCAAAGGCCGAUCUCGAAGCUGCAGGUGAUGCAUUAAUGGACGCUGUGCUGCUGAAAGAAAGAUUGAACCCUGGACAGGAUGACACCGAUGCCCCUCCACACAGUCAUGACACAGAUGGACCAAAUUCAAAUAGACUUUAUGAUGCAGAAGAAUCAAUAAGGUAAUACAGUUUUUUAUGAUGUAGUCCUUACUCCAGCAAAGCAAUCAAUAAGGUAAUGCAGUUUUUCAUAGAGUAAAGGCUAUUUUUAUCCAAUGUUUACAAAGAACCCAACAAAACUGUUCGCAGAUGACACUGCAGUGUAUAGGACGAUCGCCAACAGAUCGGACCAGGACCAGCUACAACAGGAUCUCAAUCUGUUAGCUGAGUGGGAGAUAAGCUGGGACAUGGAAUUUCAUCCUGCUAAAUGCCAGACACUAUCAGUCUCUAGAAGUUGUACUCCUCUACACUACCAAUACGAACUGCACGGCCAUAUACUUGAGCCAGUUUCCUCCGUAAAGUACCUGGGUGUUACCAUUCAAAGAGAGGUCCGCUGGGACGAGCAUAUUAACAAUGUAUGUAACCAAGCAAACAAGACCCUAGGGUUCUUAAGGCGAAAUCUAAAGAUUGGCAACUCCUGUGUGAAAGAAAGAGCAUAUAAAGCCUUUAUUCGUCCGAUUUUAGAUUAUGCAUCUUCAGUCUGGGACCCAUUUACCCAGAAGAGCAUUGACAGGUUGGAGGCGGUCCAGCGACGAGCAGCACGCUUUGUCCUAAACCGCUACAGGAAUACCUCUAGUGUUGGAAGCAUGCUAGAAACACUAGGCUGGUCACCAUUGGAGAAACGACGACGACAAUCCAGGCUCUCCAUGAUGUACAAGAUAAAUAAUGGGCUGGUCCACUGUUCCAGUAUUAAACAGAAACUCGUCCCUCUAAGUGUUGGCAGCAUGCUAGAAACACUAGGCUGGUCACCAUUGGAGAAACGACGACGACAAUCCAGGCUCUCCAUGAUGUACAAGAUAAAUAAUGGGCUGGUCCACUGUUCCAGUAUUAAACAGAAACUCGUCCCUCUCCCCCAUAGACAGCGACGAGGCCAUGACAGGCAAUUCAGGCUCCUACCAGCAAGAAGCCAGUAUAGGAGCUGCUCAUUCCUGCCCAAGACAAUCAGGGACUGGAACAAUCUUUCAAAAGGAACGGUUGAGGCGACAACACUAGACACAUUUGUGUCUAUUGCCUCCAGCCUUCAAACCCCUUGUGCAUGAUUUCCUCAUCAACACCAGUAACAGAAACAUUGCAAAUCCCAUCUACAUGCAUAGGAGCCAAAAUGAUCAAUAAAUUGAUCGUGGGCCCUUAAGAUAUAGAAGAAGAAGAAACUUCUAACUUUUUAUUUAUGACUAAAUUUGAAACUGAAAUUGAGUACUCAGAUUUUUCCAUCUGAGAAUGAUUGGUUUCUAUAAAGGAUUUUGGUGUUUUGUGUUAAUUUUUCCACUUUGAUUCCUAAUUAACAUACUAUCUCUUAACAGUAUCCAAUAUCUGCAUAAGUUUUGUAAUAAUCUCAUUAUAUUGUUGUUCAAUUUCUUUUUCUACCUUUAUUAAAAUAUUAAUUUUAUUUUGCUUUUUCUUCAGUGCAUCAGAUACAACAGAUGGGAAAAAAUCCCUGUCUGACAUUUAUAUUGCUCCUGCUCCAUGCUAUGAACAUUUCCUCGUUAUGUAUGCCACACCCCCAGGUAUACUAUGAACAUUUCCUUUUUAUGUAUGCCACACCCAAAGGUAUGCUAUGACCAUUUCCUUUUUAUGUAUGCCACACCCCCAGGUAUGCUAUGAACAUUUCCUUUUUAUAUAUGCCACACCCACCAGGUAUGCUAUGAACAUUUCCUGGUUAUGUAUGCCACACCCCCUGGUAAUUGUAAAAAAAUUCCAUAUGUAUAACAGAAGUGAUUAUAUGUUGUAAAUAUUUUACUAUUGCUACAAUGUGUUAUAAACUCCUUUGUAAUUCUGAAUCAGCGCCACUUUUGAAGCACACAUGUAACCCCAAGAAGUACACAUGCAACCCCUUGAGGCACAUGUGCAACCCCUUGCAUCAAUUAAGAUGAAUAAUUAUUGAAACUGUGUGGAAAUGAAUGCCAAAAUUUAAAUUUUAGUCCUAAAAAAAACUGCUUAGAGAAGGUGAUCAAUAAACUAUGUUGAUUUCAAAGCUAUGAAGUACCAAAUUUUCUUGCAUAAAAGACUCACCCAAUCAUAAGACGCACCCAUAUAUAAGACGCAGGUUUUGACAAUUUGUGUCAACAAAAAUGACAUAAGAUGCACAUGGCCUAGCCACCUGCAGACCUGCCAACCCUUCGGAUUUUGUUGGAAUUAUGCAGAUUUUUUACCCCUUAAAAUUUCGAUUUCCCGAACAUUAUAAAAGCGCCAAAAAAAAAAAUAGAUAAAAUAAAAAUGACAAAAUCGGGUCUGACAGGAAGUGGUGCAUGUCGAUGAUGACACUUCCUUUGUUUUUAUAGAAGCGAACCGCGAUCUCCAAAUCAUUCUUCAUUCAUCAAUUGAUCUGAUCUUGAUUCAUCCUUUUACUAGGCUAAAAAAUAAUUCAGUUGUGUUGUGCCUUUUUUUUGGUUAAAGCUUUUCUUAAUUAAUGGAUAAAUUUAUAAAGAUUCCUAUAGUAGCAGAAGAUUAUGAAUGUCCCUAUUGAAAUAAAAAAAUCAAUUACUGUGCUUAGAUAAUUUUUGCUAUGAUUAUAUAUUCCAUGAGUAUAUAUAUAAAAAAAAAAAUUUGUUUUCGGAAGUAUAAUUAUUGAUAACUGUGAUUAAUCUUUUCAGAUGUCUUUUCAAAACUUUGACUAGCAAUGCAAAUUAUUUGUUUUCCCAUUUGUCAGGAUACUUUGCUUUUCGUAAUAAAGCAGACGGCUCUUGGUUCAUCAGGAUUCUAGCUGAUGUCUUACUGCGAUCUGAUGGCAGACAAAGCCUCACGAGAGAGUUGACCCGAGUCAUUAGGAGAGUGGCCCACGACAUGCAGUCAUAUAAUACAAAUCCCAGAUAUGAUGCCAAAAAACAGUCCCCUGUGAUAUAUUCCAAACUUAUCAAAGAAAUUUAUCUCACCCCAAAGAAUGGAGAGUUACCAAGGGAUUCAACAUCCUAAUUGAAUGAGUUUUGCUUGGACAUGAUGCAGUAUUCUUAAGUCGCCC